AGGAUGGCUGUGUUCCUAUCUCAGCUCAAGCUACCGGCAGCAAUGUUGGCUGCUCAAGCUCAUGGGAGGCCCGGUCCACCAGGCAAGGAUGGGUUACCUGGGCCACCAGGAGACCCUGGACCUCAAGGCUACCGAGGCCAGAAGGGAGAAAGAGGGGAACCUGGAAUUGGGCUUCCAGGGAGUCCGGGCCUUCCUGGGACUUCAGCUCCAGGUUUCCCAGGCUCACCAGGUGCCCCAGGUCCCCAGGGUCCCCCAGGACCUACUGGAAGAUGUAACCCAGAAGAUUGCCUCUAUCCUGUAUCUCAUGGCCAUCAGCGGACAGGGCGGAAGUAAACACACCUGAGCAAGACUUGAUUUUGGGUGAUAUCUCCUUGCUGCUGGAGCUAUCUUAAUACUGUCAAACCCUCAUGAUAUGUGAGGCUGUUUUUUGUUUCUUUUUCUGGUGUAGGCAGACAUUAAAAGCAACAAUUUGAAUCCAAUUCCUAUAGUAAUUGCAAUAGCAUUUUUAGACUUUUCCCCAAAUUCAUUCCAUAUGUUUUGCUUCACCGUUACUGAUUUUUAUUCAGGGUUUUCUAUGAAAUACAUAAGCAAAUCUCAUCAUUAGUUCUUCUUCAAGAGAAAAUUACACCUUCUGAUUUAGUAGACUGAUGGUGAUGUACAUUUUGUCGUCUCAUCAAUUUGUAUUUGGCCUUUGAUUUCUGAAUUGUAAAAUUUCCGACUUACCCUGAACUUUUUUUGGUGUUUAAAUUUACUGUCAUUGCUAAAAAUUUCAUUAACUUUUUUGAUAUAAUGCAUUGCUCCUGCUAAAUGGUUUUUGACUACUUUUUAUAGCUUAAGAAUUCUUAUACCAUCCUACAUCCAUUCUACUUAUGCAGAGGAAUAGUUAGGCAAUAAGAGUUUCACUUUAUAACUUAUAUUUUGAGAAAAAAAAUAAAAGGAGGCUAUUUUAUCAGGAAGUCCAAAAACACACCAUAGCUAACUACUGAAAUAAUUUUGUUAAUUCUGUAUAAUGAGCUCAAUUCAAAGCAAUCACCACCAGCAUGAAUAUAGACUGCAUGAAAAGAGAGGAACGAAGUCCAACUUACAAACGCUGUGGUCCCUUCACUGAGUUUCUCAUUUGGGAAACAAAAAGCUGUUUUCCCUAAGAAGUGUUUGGUGAUGAAGGCGCCAAGCUGUCGAUGGUACUUUUGAAGCUUAAAUGGUCUAGCAAGGUCUUUGGGCUUCUGUAUCCAUUAUCCUUCUGACCUCAUCACUCUCAGACUUUAAGACAAGAACCAGCCAUCAUAACAAAGGAUGGGAUUUGUACCGACUGAAAAACAAACAAACAAACAAACAAACAACCCUUGAAGAUGAAUGUGUGGCGUUGGCAGAUGCAUAUGGACAAAGUGAAGCUCAGAAGCUCUUGUGAAGAAUCAUGUUUCUCCGGAAGCUGCAACAAGAGAUACAGGGCAGCAGAGAAAGCCAUGAGAUCGAAUGAAUAUGCAGCUAACACUCAGACCAAAGAGUUAACACUCACUUCAGGGGAUACCACAGGUGCUGCAAAAGCCCAUGUCCUCUGACAGGGAACGAAAAUACAGUGAUCACCAACCAAAUCACCAAAUGGUAUUUUCAUUGCCUAGCUGUACAUUAUUUUGAGAAACUGUGGGUUGGAAACAACUGAUUUUCUGGAACAUUGAGCAUGAGGAUGUUGCUGAAAUCUAAGUAGUGGGUCCCAUAGGUGCUGAGAGCGUGCCGCCCACAGCGCUUCUGUCACAGAAAUCAGGAGGUCACACCUCUUCAAGGAACAGAGCAGAUUCCAAUGUGGCUAAGGCAGGUUAGGAUGAUUGCUUCUAUCUGUUAAUUGCAAAAUGAGUUUCAAAAGGCAAGCCCGCUGAAUUUGGGGAAAGCUGUGAGCAGAGUUGUUUAGGUAGCGUGCCUAAAUUAAGACAGGCUUUGUUCAAAUGCACCCAUGAGUUGAGCUGGUUUUCAUUAUAGAUGAAUAAACUGCUGGUCAGGUACUGUCUACAUGGCUGUGCAUACAGACAACCUUUGGUUAUUUCAUAUUGAAUUAUGUUGUAUAUUUCAAUUCCAAGUUUAUUUAUUUUCCAAAGUUACUUUAUUUAUUUGAAGUGUUUUUAGCUUUCAAUUGAUUUUUUUCU